AUGGUGACCCGACCCGAGAUAUACGCCGACACUAUUGAGGACCUAUUGGAUGACAGGUAUGAGGUAUACACCGAUGACUUCAAACAAGUCGAGUGGAGGCAACCGGUAUUUUAUGAGGGCUUUGGUAACAACUCAUUCAGAGAUAAUUUUGUGAAACUGGUCACCACUAGGUUGAGGACAUGGGAUAUGAAACAAUUAAUGGAUGUAUUUUCAGAAGUUUCUGAGAGUCCGCAAAAAUUGCGUACAUUUUUCAGUAACAAAGUGUUGAUUCUGGACCAGAUGUCGAUGGAUGUAAUCGAGCCAUACAUUCCCAGAUUUAUGGCCAUACAUGUGGGUCAACAGUACCUGUCAGUCCCUAUAACACCCCUAUGUGUUGGACCCACCUUUGAGUUUAUUAAUCAGUCUAAUGUUAUAGACCAAACUAUUCACGACUUUUACGCUAAUAUUACCGACGGAUACAAUGAUAUAUACCUCAAUGACACGCAAUCGCUAUUCGUAUUCAUAAUCUAUAGUCUCGCAGAAGUGACCAAUAGACACUACUAUGAGAUUGAUGAGAAAUCAGAAGUUUAA